CGCUGGUGAAGGAAGUCAGUGUGCCGCUGGUAGCGCCAUGGCGCCAGGAAGUUCAUUACCGAACCACUACUGCUGAAUGACGGAGCCAUCGGUUGGUGUGCUGCCGGUGUGAAUGAGAAGUGGUGAUAUAUGUUUACCCGCGCAUCGCGUGCCAUGAACAGGAGCAAAUGCCUCUAGUGACCCAUUUAAUUUCGGGGGAAAACCAAAGUGUUUAUGGAUUGGGACAGUGAUUAAAGUGAAUGUGGACGAGAAAGGUGCAAACAAAAAUGUGGAAUGCGUGGGGGUUAUACCGGAAAGAUAGAAAUGGAUGUACAAAUUGAAUGAAACUUGCCGAUAUCGGAACGACGAGUGUUAACAAGGGGUGGAAAACUUAAGACGUCUGGCGUCGGAAGGCAUUAAAUAUUUAUCGUGCAGCCUAACUCUAUAAAACACAAAUGGUAAUAAAUUGCGAGUCAAGUGAAAAAUAACUAUGGGCGUGGGAUAAUUGGAGCCACAAGAGUGUCAUAAAAAGCGAUUACAUAAAACGAUAUUUCGGAAGGCGCGAAACACCGACCGGAAUUAUACCCCAGAAAAAGUGCACGUGUAACCGAGGAACACGGGUUUUAAUUAGUCGGCUGCAGAUUUACUUAAGCUAGUUCCAACCGGUCAGCGGAGGUAAUGUUUUAUCGCGUUUUCUCGUUUGCAGUGGAGCUCGCAAAAUACAACUCGUGGAUGCGAGCAGUGAAGCUGGUGGGGAGCGGUGGUGAUGUACCAAUUAUGUUCCGAGAAAUAUAAACUGUGAUAAUCUAGCAAGAAAGUGUAAUUAAAUAGAAGUACAAACACCUCCGCAGUAAUCUGGGUGUGCCUGAUUGCGAUAAAAAGGUUAUAAACGUGAAAAAGGUGUGUUCAUGGCGAAAAUCAACGCUGAAAGAAGAAAAUAGUAGUGGCUAUCGGUAUUGUAUUAUUCCUGUUCCUGGAAUCCUCAGGGGAGAACAAAGACUAUGUGAGAAACAUCUACAUCGAGAUAUAUAACAACGUGAAACCUGCAAUCGGCUUAAGUGAACUCGGGUGUAAGAUUCAUUCCACGAAUGUUUCCGUACGUGGUGGAGUAAUAUGGAUCUGAUAUCAUUGCCGCCGUGCUCCCGUAGAUUGGACAGUGGAAAUAUGCCCAACGGCAGCGACCAUCAUCAAGGUAUCAUCACGGCCGCGGCGGGUGCCACGGGUGUGCUGUCACCCACCUCGACGAUGAAGAUAUCGACAACGUAUCUGAAGACGCCUGUGAAAACCGAUCGGGAAAUCCUGGAAAACUCCAUGCUGGAGGAUGAUCCCAAUUCGAACACAAUUGUCGCCAGCGAUGAGGGAAGCAAUGCCGUCGAUGGCGGUGGACAAUGUGUCGAUGGUCAGGAUAAUUUGCAAAAGCGGCCUCGCUGGGGUCCGCAGCACAAGGGAGCCCAGGAGUUGGCUAAAUUGUAUAGUAGUGGUAAACGAACUCAGGAAAUCAUUUGUGUCUACAUCUGCAUCACAUUGAUGGUUAUAAACCUGUUCCUUAUCCUCAAACAUUUUCGCGUCGAACGGAUUAGCAAGGUAGUGGUGGCAGCAGCGUUUGGCAUCUUGACGGCAGAUUUUGGCUCGGGACUGGUGCAUUGGGGUGCCGACACGUGGGGAUCGGUAGAUCUUCCGAUCCUGGGAAAGAACUUUCUGCGUCCCUUCAGGGAGCAUCAUAUCGAUCCGACGUCCAUUACGCGACACGAUUUCAUCGAAACGAACGGGGACAAUUUUAUGGUUGCGUUACCAAUUCUCGGCAAGUUGGCGUGGAAUUUCAUCACUCGAUCGAACUCCGAGAUACAGCAAGAGUACGCGAUGAGUGCAUAUUUGUUUUUCUGUUCCAUCUUCAUCGCAAUGACGAAUCAGAUUCACAAAUGGUCGCACACUUAUUGGGGUCUACCGAAAUGGGUACUCUUUCUGCAGCAUCAUCACAUCGUACUGCCUAGGCGACAUCAUCGAAUCCAUCAUGUGGCCCCACACGAGACGUAUUUCUGCAUCACAACGGGUUGGCUGAACUGGCCGCUAGAAAAAAUCAAGUUUUGGUCCACGCUGGAGGCCAUCAUCGAAGCCUGCACCGGUCACAAACCGCGGGCCGAUGAUUUCAAGUGGGCCCAGAAGCGAACAUGAUCGUAUACGAACGAAAUAAACCCGGCGCGCCACAUCCGGCUGCUGGUCAGUGCUGGUUCGUAAGGGUGCCGUAGCUUUCCCCUUUUGGUUCGCUUGCAAAACGUGAUAACUAUUUCAUCCGCAUCGACCGAACAAUGAACGCAUCUUCGCAGCCAUCAGAUUUUAUAUGAGAUUAUAUGAGUAGAGUUGAUGGGAGGAAUGAGGAACAAAACAUUUUGAAGAUUUUUAUCUGUAGAGUUUAUUCAGAGAUGUAGUGAAACAAGAAAAAAAAAUGUUGUCAUAAAAUCCACAUAGCUCAUCACUCACACAGGACAGGCAUUCAAAAAGGCGCUUUUCACAUGUUUCCAUUCUCAAAAGUAGCUUUAAUAAGACCAAAUGGAGAGAUAUGUUUACAGAAGUCGGUGACUACACUCGUCAAAAGAGUGAAAAAAUGAUAGCUUAUCUUUGCCUUAUACCAUUGUGGAGAAUGCCUUGUGCGUAAGAAGGUGGUAUGCCAAACCACAACUUAUUUCCCUAGAAAACAGAUGAUGUCGAGAGGAACGAAGUGGUUGUAUUAUUCAUAAAUACUAAACACAAACCAAGCGCUCGGUCUUGAAGCGAAAAAAAGUUGUACAAACUAGUUUACGCGGAAAUGUGAAUGAGAAAACUGUGUUGCUUAGUAGAAUAAGUUAGUAGAAUUACGUUGCAUAAUUUAGGUGCAUUUGUCGGGAGGAAUGAUGGAAGCUUGGAGCUUUCCUGCAUGAGGUUCAGGUUUUGGAAGCAAUUGUUGGUCGAAAGCUUGCUGUUGUUUUGGUGGAAUUGAUUAAAUAGGAUAGAAGAAUUGGGUCAUUGCUAGACGAGUGAUGGUCACUCGAAGACCUGCGUUCGGUUCAUGCAAAACAGAUGAUACACUGGAAGGUUUUUUUUGGAGGAAAAUUAGUUCCUUCCUGAGUUAACUAUGUUAACUAAAUGAUGGUUCUGAGGAGACAUGUCAUUUUAGACGUUUUGUAUGCUCCACAACGGUAAAUGAUGAGACUUCCGAUGUCUUCUAAUUGUUAUUAUGCAUCCUCCACUGAGGCUUGCUUCCAAUCUCAUGAACAACGGACGACGAGAAGCUAUUUCUUCGUUACGGAUGGAAUAUUGGGUUCAAAGCUUGUAAGUCAAUAUAGUUGUUUUUUUUUGGAAUUGGAAUUGGAAUUGGAAGAACUUCAACGUCUUUCCAAUUACGUUUCCAAUCCCAUCAACUACGCUUAAUUAAGAGGGGGUCUCCGUGGUUGCGCGUUCGCUUAGUAAGUAGCUUAGUAGUUCGCUGUGUAAUGUGCUAAUUAUAGAUAUGAUAAGCAUGUGACAUGUACACGAUUAAAAUUCGGCUCUGUUACAUCUAAAAUGCUAACGAGCCUUAAAUAAAAAAAAGGAAAAAAAAAGAAUUUGAAUUUGGAAUUUCCUAAAUUUUUAAAUUUACUAAAAAAAAUCUAGGUUCGUACAAAUUUAUUCAAAUAACCAUAUUUAUAAAGUAUAUUAACAAAUUAUUCAAAAUUUCCGAUAAAAAAAUCAAAACCAAAAUAUUCCGGAUGAUCGAGUCUAAAAUUCCGGAUAAUCAAGCCUCCGGAUAAUCGAGUCCGACCUGUACUUACUCGUUCUUAACUAAUAUUAAAAUUAUUUCAAUAUAUCCCCAAAAAAUCAUAAUUGUAACCUUUUCUGUUAUUAAGUUCUUAACAGAAGAAAAUCUGUUCAAUAUUCCUUGCAGAAAACGUGAUACUUAUUGAUUGUCGGUCUGGGAGACCAUUUGCGCGAGUAUAUUAGGGUUAAAAACAGGUUAAAAACGUUUUGUUGGGAGAAGUAAUGGAUACAAUCUGGAACGUAACGUUAUUUGAUGACGUGAAAAGUUCUUUCGGAUUUUCAUUAGAACUUCAUUUCUUUUCUGAAGAAACAUUCCGCAAAAACUAAAAUAUGUAUAUUCGGAAGAUUACUGUAUCGUAUUUAUUUUCCAUCGAUUGGUGAAACGCUAUAUUCCAUGCGAAAACUGGUAAAUAUUGACCAUCCGGAUAACAUAAAAAUUCUUGCUAUCAAUUUCAUAUCACAUCUGUGUGUAUAUUCGCAUGCACCAGACUUUUUUAUUCGAUGUUUUCUUCUUUACGUUAGGCGUUUGGUCCUGAUUUUUUUGUCGUUGAAAGUUACUUGCUGGCGGUUUUCCAAUGUCCUUUAUGCUGCCAUUCUUCGAAAACAAACUACUGUACCACAAGCAUUUACAAAACAUAACAUCUUUUAUCGCAUAUACAAUUAGUCCACAUUAAUCUAAAAUAUGUAUUACACCUGAUAAUUUUUAAGAAUAAGUAGGGGACAUUCAAUUACAACUGAUCGAAUAAAAAUCGCCGCUUUGUUCCAUGCUUAUAAAUAUUUGUACGGUAUGCAUCACAAUAUACAGACAUUUGCUGCAUUGGCCCCUAAAACGCUUGCUGUCGGUAUGAUAAUUGUUCAAAUGAGUGCAAUCACGGGGAAAUUAUCACUUGGCGAUCCUUCUCUGUCUCAUCCGCACACAAAUCCGAUCGAUGGAGGGUGAAUCACUGGUCGACAGAGCUGCUGUUCUUUCUACUUACGAGACAGAAUGAACUUGUCUACCACAUGUUUGGAUUCGCUCACUCACUGAGUGGUAUCGUUUGAUGCGAGACCAACACAUUGAUUGAAGAAGCUGUUUUCACAUGCUGAAAAAAGUUGGAUGCUUUCGUCGAUUCUCUCGUCAAUCUCCAACAUUGGUAGCAAUGAUAAUAUGAUUUCCAGUUUUUUGUGUAUAUUUCUGCCAUACAUAAUUUAUGUUUUAUAUUUUCCAAACAAAUAUUGAUUUCCUUAACACAUAAGAAUUUUGAAUACUCAAUUUUACAAUAAUUCAAAACCUGUUUAAAUAGGUUUCAAUAACUUUUUCUAACUAUCAAUUUUGAAGUAUCUUUGAAAAGUAUUAAUUUCGUGACGGUGAACGAUUUUUUCCGCAUUGGUUUGUAAUGGAUCGUUAAGAAACAACUUAAAAUACAAAAUUUAAUGAUUCUUUUAAGCGCCUGUUGGUGAAUUAUGUUCUUUCAAUUUUGUGUCUACACCCCGGAUUGUGUUUCCUGGAUACAGGUGGCGGUUGUCUUAAUUGUAGAUAAAAUGCAGAAAAAGUUCAUGUUUAACAGUUCGGCUGAAAAGUUCAUAAGGUAGACUUCUAGAUGGUCUAGAUCUGUUAUUGUAAAAAAAUGGAAAAAUCCGAAGUUCGUGUAUUGAUAAAGCAAUGUUUUUUGAUGGAAAAAAUACAGUGCAAGCCAAAGCAUGGCUUGACAAACGCAAAAAGUGAUCAAUACACUAAAUUCGGAUUUUUCCAUUUUUUCACAAUAACAAAAGCUGCUUCACUCUCAAUGCUGUAACUCACGAACCAAUCGAUCAAUUGCUAUCAAAUUUUAACACGUAUCUGUUAAAAGAUGGUGCUUCGUGAUAGACAAGUAGAUUUUUGCAUGAGGCGCCAUCUAGAUGUCAAACUCAUGAACUUUUCAGCCGAACUGUUAUGUGAAUUUAUUUACUAAAACAGCAAACAAUGAAAAUUUUGGAAUAUUUGGUUUGCAUCAAUAAAGAUAAAAAUAAUUCACAAUAAAAAAAAUUAAUUUUGGAAGAAUGCUAUAGCUUUGGAAUGUCAGAAGUUGCCCCUUUCAUAGUACCAAACGACUGAUGGUUGUGGAUGUUUUUGGGAACCAUGAAUUAUGAAUAAUGAACCGCAUAAUCUUUGGUUAAAUACGAAUUCAUGAAAAUAUCUGCUAAACAUCGAACACUUUUAAAAUUUUAAAUUGAUGAAAAAAUGUAUAUUUGUAAAUGAAUACUUUCCAGCGUCUGAAUUGGCGGAUCCAGUACAAGAAGACAAAAAACCUGUACAAAAGAACCAAAAGGUGUUUGAUUCUCUAAAGGUAUUAUCGAAUCCAAAACUUCCAUCAUGCUAUGUGUGAUUUACGUCGAUGCCGUCGAUCACUGGUCUACUGAAGCAAGAAUAUUGAUGAAUUCUACGUUAUCUUUAUACGAAGCAUAAUUUUGAACACAUCGAGACCGUUUAAUGAGCCAUUUUUUCCUAUAACCAACUAUACGAUAUCCGAAUGACCAUAUGAGAUCCAAUGAACUUAUUGUUAAGAACAUGUCGAAUAAGGAAUAUGACAGUGGAUAUAUAAAAAGCCUUCCAGUGUACCCAUAAUCAGAAACGUCCGGUUAUAAUUGAAACCAAAAUACUCGAACGGAAUGGAAUUCGGAGCAAUUGAAGCAUGAGAAAAUAGAAAAUAGCAAAAAAGGAGAAUCUCUUCGUCUGCUGCCCGAGUAAAAAGGAAAUAGUUGUUUGUGCCAAUAAAUUAUGCACCAAUUUCCUUUGUGGUUGGUUCGUGUUCAACGGGUUCGAAUAUCCGUCCUGUCCAACCUAAGGUGCCCAGCCAGUGGUGGUGCGUAUGCAACAUCUUAUCGAUUAUAGCACUUGUGGCCAACUGCCUUUUUGAAUGGUCAAUUCCUAAACAAUUGCAAGUUUUCAGCACCGCUCGCCGACACACAUUCUUCUCGAUUUGCAUGUUUAUGAUCGUUCUGGUUAUAUUAAAUCGUUUUGCCAAAUCGUUUAAUUAAAAGAUUAUUUUGGAGAAAAAAAAGAAACAAGACACUACAAAAGACACACAGACUUAGCCUCCACAAACCGCAUCUUUAACUGUAACAGUUAGGAUUUACAAAUGGUAAAUCGAACACACCAACGCAUGCCUGACAGUGCAAUUUCAUUUUUCAAUUAUAUGGAUACAUACUCGUACCACAAACCGUACAAUCAAAAUGAGAACAAAGCAAAUUUAAACAGCUACCUUUGCAACUUGCUUAUAAGAAAAUAGCAUACGAAAUAAUUGUAACAGAACCAUGUAUUUUUACUGAUGAUAUUUAUUUUGCAGAAGAAAAACUACGAAACACUAUUACAAUGUUGAUAACUUUUUUUAUGAUAGAUAUUAUAUGAAACGUUAUAGUUUACAAUAAUGCGUCUAAGAGAAAGCAAUCAUGGAGAAACAAUGCACAACCCAAACUCAAAUACCAUCCAUAGGGAAACGAUUUUCAAACAUUAUAACAAUUUAACAAGCUCACAUUCGUUACGUUUUCCGUACACGUGACACAAGUCAGAUCCGACUCUAGAAGUAUUACUGUUCUGACAGCGUUUUAUUUUGACUCAUUCGAACUGAAGGUGCUUUCCUAUUACGUUGUAUUUGAUUGCAUUGCUGUGAAUUGUCAACAAUUGAAACAAAUACAGAUGAU